UCCAAGCGACUGCAUAGUGCAUACGCUACCCCCUCUUAACAUUUACGAUUGCACGUUAGUAAUCACAGCGAAUUAGCGGCCAAAAAAAUCCGUCUACGAUAUAUUGGUAUCAUGGCGGACGGCGGCCAUUGUCGGCAAUAUGGCGUUGUACUGGCUGGUAGCUCUGGCGCUGGUGGGCGGGAGGAUGGUCGACGGGACGGCGGAGGUCAUGAGCCAUGUCACUGCGCAUUUUGGGAAGGCUUUGGAGCAGUGCCGUGAGGAGUCCCAGCUGUCCCCAGAAGUCCUAGAUGAGUUCCACAACUUCUGGCGCGAAGACUUCGAGGUGGUCCACCGCGAGUUAGGCUGCGCCAUCAUGUGCAUGUCCAACAAGUUCUCGCUGCUGCAAGACGAUGCACGCAUGCACCAUGAGAACAUGCAUGACUAUGUGAAGAGCUUCCCGCAAGGUGACGUUCUUUCCGCGAAGAUGGUAGAACUGAUUCACAAUUGCGAGAAACAGUACGAUGACAUCCCCGAUGAUUGCAACCGGGUUGUCAAGGUCGCAGCCUGCUUCAAGGUCGACGCUAAGAAAGCCGGUAUAGCUCCUGAGGUCGCCAUGAUUGAAGCGGUGCUGGAGAAGUACUGAGACCAAUCGCAUAACUUUCAAUUGAAAAUGAUACCGGUGGAUUAGAUGAAAGCGGUUUUCAAGUAGGACUAAAAAUACUGAUCAUGGCCAUUGGUCAGAAAUAAAUAAAAUUAUCAUUAUC